CUUCCAAGACCAAUCCAUGAGGGUCAGUAGGCUUUUGGGCUCCGGAAUUAAUACCCUCUUCUCGGCGAACGAACGCCAUAGUAUCUGGGAGAAACAUUGCGAUCGACGUUACAGCAUUCAAAAGCACCCAGGAGAGUAGAAGGCGUGUGAGAAACUUCGCGAGAGGAGGUUGGCUCCUCAUGCAACUUAAGUAACAAGGCAGCUUCAAUAGGUCAAAGAGGUUGCUUGUUCGGGCCUAAAACGAACAGCCAGAGCAAAGGUCACCAUAUUGAAUGGGUUCGAAACUCAAAGGGCGCAAAAUAAGCGAAGGCAUCUCACGAUGAAGGAAACUCGCGGGCAUAUGUAUGAUUUCAGUCGAUGGCCGGGGAGGAUUGUACCCAGUAGUAAUUCAUGCCGGCAGGUAUAAAGUACCGUAGUGCACGAUGGGAACCAGGAUGGGGCGAAAUAGAUGGUAGUUAUUAAUUAUGAGGUUGUCCGCCCUAAAGCAAGACGGGGAGAGCGAUAUGGCGGUGGCGUGCCGGAACCCCCAGAGUCAGACGACAGUCGAAAAGACCUGCGGUUGGUGACUGGGUGUGCUCCAGACCUCCAAGUCCCCGCAAUUUCCUUACUUCAUGGGAUCAACGGUGCUGGCCUGCUCGGUCGGAUACAAUUGCUGGAUGCAGAGGUCUACGCCAUCCGGGUCGCACCGAAAAUGCACGAAUCCACGCGCGAUGUCGCGACCCCCAAGCAUGCAAUAGGUAACGGAAUGGCCAGGCUGUACUCGAAGGGUCCAGGGAGUAAGCAGCAAGCCGGGGUAUCGGAAAGACAGCGGGAUACUGUCAUACAGGACAUGGACGUAGUGACUACGAGUCCCUGGAGCCUUUCAGUGGUCAUGAGAAGGACCAGCAAGAAUUACCGACUGAUUAAUGCAAACAAAUCAAGCCGCAGUAUCAAUGGUCAGGAAUGCAGAAUGGCGCUUGGGAGGGCGCGAGGAAUGAACCAAUCGACGGGAUCCCUUGCGUAGCUAAUUACCAUCGAGUUUCUCUGUCGCCCAGAUGGAUCGGUUGACGACGGACAGAGGCGAAUAAAGGAUAUCUUUUGAUGAAGCUCGUUUUUUCAU